ACGACGUCGUUUUCCUCCCCAACCAACCCCCACUGCAUUUAUUUCGUUUCCUUCACUUAACCCACUUUCUUUCUUGUUCUGCUCCUCCACCAACUCCACUCUCCUCCUCCACACCCUCACGUUCCAACGAAACCAUUACACAAUGCAGCUCAAAUCCCUUUCCCUCCCUUCCCCAAUUUCACUUCGAAAUCCUAAUUUCCGACGAUUCUCUCAACCUUCUCUCCACUUCAACUCCUCAGGUUUUCCUCUCAGUUUUCGAAUCUCGCCGUUGAAAAGUCGUCAUUGUAGCUUACUAAGAUCUUUCAUUAGAAAUGAUUAUGGAGUUUCUGGAAGCAAUUCAGAAGCUCGGAGCAAGUGUAAUUGUAGUUCCGAGUCUGUUUCGUGGUCCGAAGAUGAACAGGGGGCCGUGGAGUUUGGUACAAGCAAGGGACAGGCAUUGACUAAUCAGAGCAUAUUGUCUCAAAUAAAGGAGAUUAUAAUGUUUUCUGGACCAGCCACUGGGCUCUGGAUCUGUGCGCCGUUGAUGAGUCUCAUCUCAACCGCUGUGGUUGGUCGAGGAAGCUCAACUGAGCUUGCUGCUUUAGGGCCGGGGACGGUGUUUUGUGAUAACAUGAAUUUGUUAUUCAUGUUUCUUUCCAUUGCAACUUCAAAUAUGGUUGCUACUUCACUUGCCAAAGGGGACAAAGACGAAGUGCAGCACCAAAUAUCGGUUUUGCUUUUUGUUGGCCUAAUAUGCGGGACAUUGAUGCUUUUGUUUACACAAUUUCUUGGUGGAUGGGCGUUAACUGCUUUUACUGGGCCAAAAAAUGUGCAAAUUGUACCUGCGGCCAGCAAAUAUGUUCAGAUUCGUGGUUUGGCAUGGCCUGCUGUUCUCUAUGGACUGGUUGCUCAAAGUGCAAGCCUUGGCAUGAAAGAUUCAUGGGGACCUCUGAAGUCUUUGGUCAUUGCCAGCGCUGUUAAUGGCCUUGGUCAUGUAGUCCUGUGCAAUUUUCUUCAUUAUGGUCUUGCAGGUGCAGCAUGGUCUACGCUGGCAUCCCAAAUUGUAGCAGCUUAUAUGAUGAUUGGAGAACUAAACAAGAAAGGCUACAAUUCUUUUGCCAUCUCAGUACCAUCACCUUCUGAAUGUUUGCAAAUAUUUGGGAUUGCCGCUCCUGUAUUUGUGACCAUGUUCUCAAAGGUGGCCUUUUACUCUCUUAUAACAUAUUUUGCUACAGCAAUGGGUACUCAUACAGUUGCAGCUCACCAGGUCAUGAUUCAAAUGUAUAGCAUGUGCGUGGUAUGGGGGGAGCCACUCUCUCAAACUGCACAGUCUUUUAUGCCCGAGUUACUAUAUGGUUUCAACCAAAGUUUGGUAAAGGCCCAAAAUCUGCUGAAGUCACUACUGAUUAUCGGAACUUUACUUGGAUUGGUAAUAGGAACGAUUGGAAUGUCUGUUCCUUGGUUGUUGCCAAAUAUUUUUACACCCGAUCUUAACGUCAUACAAGAGAUGCACAAUGUGUUGUUAAUGUUCUUUCUUGCAUUAUCGGUGGCGCCCUGUACUCAUAGCCUUGAGGGUACACUAUUGAUCUUAGAUUCAGGAUUACUACUUCAGAACCAUGCCACAGGAUUGCUCAUUUCUCUGUAUCUUCAAAUGCCCGAGGAAGAUUUCAUCGGCACAAAUUGACCUUCAGUUCUGACAUCAUUGAAGAUUUGGAUUGUUUUGUUUGCUAUUUGUCAACCUCUGUCAGACUGUCAAUUGUAGUUUCCCCUCUAGUUGGGAAUUACUUUAGGUUCUUAGGAUAUGGAGGGUAUGUUAUCGUGUGUUUAUUUUAGUUUGUCACAUUUGUUAUUUCAUUAAAAAAGAAUCCCUAUUUCAUCUCUGACGUCCUGCAAAUGUCCUGCUUAUCUAUCCUUAUUUUCUUAAUAAAUUAUAUAUAAAUUAAAAUCCACACUCAGAUAUACAGGAACCUUCAGAAAGUGUUUGUUCCAGGGUCAUGUUUUUUUUCCAU